AUGGAGUGCGUCUUCAAGAUCAAGCUGAAGCGGCAGUUCGAGGCGCGGCUCUGCGUCGUCGGCUGCUUCGACGGCCACCAGCCCGCCGUGGCCUGCGCGACGGGGAGCUGCGGCCAGGUGCUGCUCUACUACCCCCACGAGCAGGGCGAGCACGGGGGCAGCGACCCGGAGAUGAAGGCGCUGAACUUCAACAAGGCGCUGACGUCGCUGGGCUGCGGGCCGCUGAACGCGUCGCUCACGGCGCGCGAGCGCGACGUGCUUUUGGUGGGCAUGUCGUCGGCGCUUUUGGUCUACGACGUGGAGAUGAACAGCGACGUCUUCUACAAGGAGGUGCAGGACGGCGUCAACUGCAUGUGCUUCGGCACGCUCCGCGGCGUCGAGGAGCCGCUGGUCAUCGUCGGCGGCAACUGCAGCGUGCUGGGCUUCGACUGGCGCGGCGCCGAGGAGUUCUGGACCGUCACGGGCGACAACGUGCGCGCCGUCGCGGCCGCGCGGCCCGGCGACGGCGAGCCGGGGUCGGAGCUGCUCGUGGGCUCCGACGACUACGAGAUCCGCGUCUUCCAGCACGAGGAGGCGGUGACGGAGGCGACGGAGGCCGACCGGGUCGUCGCGCUCGCGGGCCUCGACGGCGGGCGCUUCGCGUUCGGCCUCGCCAACGGCACGAUCGGCGUCUACCGGGGCGCGGAGCGCAAGUGGCGCGUCAAGUCGAAGCACGCGCUCGUGGCCCUCGCGGCCCACGACGUCACGGGCGACGGCGCCUUCGAGAUCAUCGCGGGCUGGAGCACGGGCGCGCUGACGGUGCGCGUCGCGAGCAACGGGUCCGUCAUCUACCGCGACGGCUUCAAGGCGUCCGUCGCGGCCGUGCUCUGGGCCGAUUUGCGCAUGAGCGGCGCGCCCCAGGUCGUCGGCGUGUCCGUGGACGGCGAGCUGCGGGGCUACGUCGCGGUGGACGCGACGCAGGUCGGCCGCGACGACGAGGAGCGCGCGGCGCGCGAGCAGCUCGGCGCGCUGCAGGCGCGGAAGCGCGAGCUGCUGCUGGAGCUGCGGUCCCUCGAGGACACGAUCCGCCACGCGUCGGGCGACGGCGGCGCGAACGCGGGCGAGCCUUUGAAGUUGGGAAUUUCGCACUCUUGUCCUGCCCAGGCGACGAACCGCGACAAGUCGUCCUUCGAGUUCGUCUUCGCGACGACGAACGGCACCUUCGUGUCCUCCGUCGUCGUCCUCGACACGGACGGCGGCCUCUUCGACGGGGAGACGCUCGUGGCCAUGCCCGCGCACCCGACGUCGUCGUGCGCGCUCGCGCUCUUCCCGCGGAAGAACUUCCCCGCGAACCUGAAGAUCCAGAUCCACGUCGGGUCGCGGCCGAGCUCGAAGGAGCUCCACGUCUUCGAGGUCGACUACGAGCUGCCCAAGUUCUGCUGCUUCCUCCGCGUCGAGGACCCGCGGCACGCGCCGCAGCCGACGAGCUACGUGCAGUUCUCGCUGCCCGUGACGCUGCCGCCCCUCGCGGAGUGGAUCGAGAAGUCCUUCGUGAACAUGGAGGCCGUCAAGUUCACGGGCGACUCCAUCCAGCCCCUCUGGUUCGAGGCGCGCCAGGUCGGCGGCCAGGUCAACUGCAAGGUCUCGACGAACGAGAUGGCGACGGCCGCGGAGGUCGUCCAGGACCUCGCGGCGUUCGUCGACGCGCGCGAGCUCGAGUCGGUGGCCGACUUCCCCGCGGAGAUGACCGCGCUCGAGGACAUCCUGAGCCGCGUCGCCAAGUUCAACGCCAUCCGCAUCCGGCUGACGGCGGACAUGGCCGACGGGUCCGCGCGCAUCAAGGCGCUCGUGCUCAAGGCCGAGGACGCGCGGCUCAUGGCCGACAUGCCGCUCAUGAAGCGGCACUACGCGGAGCUCUUCGCGCUGAACAACGAGCUCAUCGCCGAGUACAACAAGCGCGCGAACAACCACGAGGCGCUCCUCGCGGCGCUCAAGGACGUGAACCAGAUCAUCCAGAAGGCGUCGAACCUCCGCGCCGGCGCCGCGAAGAGCCGCGUCGUCGCGGAGGCGCGCGCGGCCAUCAAGACCAACGCCAUCGACUCCCUCUACCAGAUCGUCUGCGAGGGCCGCUCCAAGGUCAGCCCCGCCCAGUGA